CGAUGCAAAUAUUCGUAUCAUUCUCAUACAAACGACUGUCUUCUACCAUGAAGGUGAGUAACAUGCCUGCCCUACAAUUCGGCGGUGUGAGAAAAGAAAGUUGGAAAGUACCAGACGUCCCCAGUGGGUUACAAUCACAUUGUGUCUUCAUAUGCCAUAGAGCUAGAAGAUUCCGCCGUCUCUACCAAUGGUGAAGGCCUGCUGGAGGAUGGCUCGAUGCUAAUUGGCGUGAGCGCGAGGCUAACGGGUCG